AUGCGCAGGAAGGGAAGGAAGCAGAAAUCAGGGAUUGGAAAGGGAGGCGGAAUAGACGAUUGGGAAGGAGAGAGCGAAGUGGAAGGGUUGAGAAUACUCAAUGAGAGGGAGAUGAACUCCCUGAAUCAGAGGAUCCCUGGCCUCCGGAGACAGGAUGUUAAAACGCACACGAUUCGCCAGCAUUUUUAUCCUGAAGGCGGUUGGGGAUGGGUUAUCUGCGCCUGUGCAUGCUCAAUUCAUGCCCUCACUUCUGGUCUCCAACUCUCCUUUGGAGUCUUUCAUCUCGAGAUGAUUCGACAUUUCGGGCAGGAAGAUACCUGGGAUGCUAUGUGGGUCGGUUCCGUGAGUCUAUCGACGAGUCAUGCGACAACUCCAUUCGUAGUUGCCCUCUGUCGAAGGAAAUCUACUCGAUUAUCAGCUGUGAUUGGUGGCCUGGUCAUGGCCCUUGCCUGUCUCUUCACCUCCUUCGCUCAGAAGUUUCACCAGUUAUACUUCAGCUAUGGGUUGAUGUUGGGGAUCGGGAUCGGUUUCGCUCGAGAAACUGCCAAUUUGAUGAUUGGUCAGUAUUUCAAGAGAAGGCGAGAGUUUGCGGAAGUGAUUGUACAGUCUGGAACUGGGAUCGGAUUGGCGGCUUUUCCCUCCUUCUUCCAGGGAGCCCUCAGAGCAUUGGGCUGGAGAUUGGGUCUUCAAGCAGCAACAGGAAUCCUGUUCCUCAGCUUCAUCUUAGGGAUCUUCUAUCGGCCAGCAUCACUUUAUCACCCACAGCGUCGGGCUAUCAUACAUUUGAAAAUUCAAAAGAGGAAUGUGAAAGACAAGAGAAAAUCGGCUCAAAAACCCUCCUAUUGGGAUUUCUCUCUCCUUGGAGCUCGACCUCUUCAAAUCCUCCUUCUCUCAAAUUUCAUCUCCGGAUUUGGCAUCUACACUCCUCUCUUCCAUCUGCGCAGUCACACUUGCCUGGUGUCAAGAAAAUUCCUUCAUCAGACUCUUCUCUUCGCCGUCGGCUUAUCGAUGGCAGCCAUCUGUGGUGUGGAGGGUUACCAUGGCUAUUCCCUGACCAUGUGGGUCUAUGGGAUAUGUCUUGGUGGAGCAUCGUAUACCAGUCGUAUGCUGACUUAUGAACAAGUUCGAGCGAAGAAAUUCGCUAGAGCCUGGGGUUUCAUACAGAUCUCUUCUGCACUUCCUCUGCUAAUCGGCAUUCCCAUCACUGGGUACCUGAAUCGAGGAAGUGAGAAAGGUGGCUACUACUUUUCGUUCGUGUCGGUGUUGCUGAGUGCUUUGUCGCUAAUAGGUUUGAGCUUCAUAAGAUCUGAAGGAUUAGAAAGAAGGGAAUCUAGCACAUUCCGAGCAGAAGCGCGGGCGAGGCAAGGCGAAGACGACGAGGACGACGAAGUCCCAAAGAAUCAACUUGCCUGCAUUUCUGAAGAAGUACCUCACAUGAUGAAUUUGGAUUACGCUGUCAGCUGCAACAAAGUCACCGAUUUCCUCUUGUACAAUGACUUCGACGAACGCUAUUCGUCUUCGAUAGGCCCUGGCCCACAAAGUACACACAGUCAUCUCGGUAUCAUAACGAGCAACAGUGUGAAAAAGUCUCGACGGCGGUUCCCUAAUGGUUUCAGCUACAGUGAACCAGAUGCCAUAAAUAGAUUGGGUGGUGGGAGAAAGUCUCCAGAAUUGACAUGGGAGAAGCAAGUCCCGGACAAAGGAGCCGUGGUUGUCGAGGAAAUCACGACCACAGUUUGAUGUGAUUGAUUGAUGGCUGUUAUUUCCACUUCUCCACUGAACACUCUUCCCAUUAUUGUGCCUUCCAUUCCAAUCAGGAACGUCAUUCCAGCUUCAUCCCCAAAACAAGCUUAGGUGCGGGGAGAGAAGUACAAGAAGAGGCAAAUACGGAAGUGUCCUGCUCAGCUCUCAGGUGACUCCGAUACUCUUCUGACGCCUGGUGCUAGUUCUCGUGGCCAAAGAUAUUCCUUAUGAAAUCAAAACUUCAUGCUUCCCUCUGUAUGUUUAGAAUUAUCACUAGCGAUCUGAAAAAAGUCAAUAAAGCUGGACGGGCAACAA